AUGGUGGUGAAAACGGGCCCCCCAAAAUGGCCUCCAAUUGGCCUCAAAAUGGUCUCCAAAUGGCCUCAAAAUGGUCUCCAAAAGGCCACCAAAUGGCCACCAAAUGAGAAAACUGCGAAUGUCGCUUGCGACGCGUUCCACGUAACUUUCCACGCGCCAUCUCGCAACGAAAGGGCCUGCGGAACGAACGAAGGAACUCCGUCUGAGGAGCAGUUUUACAAGGAUGCCCUGGUGCCCCUCAACUACUUGAAGCAGAAACAUACCAAGCAAUUGUUCAUUUUCGGAAACUCUAUGGGAGGCGCAGUGGCCCUCGAAACGGCAUCGAGGCACCAAAAGGACAUUUACGGUGUGAUCGUAGAAAACCCAUUUCUCAGCAUUAAGAAAAUGUCGGAGCAGAAUUACCCCUUUUUAAAUUUCUUCCUCUUGAGUUUUGAAAUUUUGAUUAGAAGCAAAAUGGACAAUACAGAGAAAAUAAAAAGAAUACACGUCCCUCUGUUGAUUAACACAUCGGAAAGGGACGAAAUGGUCCCCCCUGAACACUCGAGGAUAUUAUUUGAGCUCUGCCCGAGCAAGUACAAGUUUAGGUACAUCUCGAAGAAAGGGACGCACAACAACAUAAUAAAGGUCGACGACGGUUCGUAUCACGCUUCGUUAAAGAAGUUCGUCCAGACAGCAAUCAAUAUACGUGAGAGGAAUGCAGAACCACAGGCAGUGCCACCCCUCCCAGCAGCGGCGUAG